AUGCUUCAUGUCGACAGCUCAUCAAAUGCUUCUGGAGCUGGGGCUGGAUUGAUCUUAGCCAGUCCUGCAGGCGAUGUUGCGGGAUAUGCAUUGCACUUUGAAUUUUUAGCCAUCAACAAUAAGGCAGAAUAUGAGGCUCUGCUUGCUGGACUCAAGGUGGCAAGAGAAGUGGGAGCCCAGCACCUAAAGGUCUUCAGCAACUCCCAGCUGGUGGUGGGACAUAUAAGGGAUGAAUACGAGACACGAGAGGAGAAUAUGAAAAGGGAGGCUCGAAUGAUAGGGAAGCAAGCCGGUCACUACAUCCCAUAUGAUGACACGCUCUAUAAGUGGCCAUUUUCUUUGCCUCUGCUAAAGUGCUUACAUCCGUCUGAGGCUGAUUAUACAUUACGGAAGGUCCACGGAGUCAUUCCUGUGGAGUUUGAGCUCCCAUCCCUUAGAGUGAAAGAAUAUAAUAAAGACACCAACUCAGUGUGGCUCCGGGCUAACCUCGACUUGAUCGAAGGAAGUAGGAAGUGCGCCACUGUGAGGAUGGUCACCUACCGUCAGAGAGUGACCAAGUAUUAUAAUACUCGAGUCAAGACCAAGGGGUUUCAAGUUAGCGACCUGGUAUUGCGUCGAGUUGAGGUAUCACAAUCCAUUGAGCAGAAAAAGUUAUCACUUAAUUGGAAAGGUUCUUAUCAGGUGGAUGAAGUAGUGCGCCCUGAGGCCUAUCGACUGAAGCAACUUGAUGGCACUCCACUUUUUAGGCUAUGGAAUUUGGCCAACCUCCGUAUGUAUUAUCAAUGA